CUGUGUGACUUCUGUAAUCCCGGAAGGGAACUGGAUCUAUUUACAGAUUAGGCGGCAUUCAGUUUCCAAGGUUGCUUAUAGAACGUUAUUUUUCUUGGCUGUGAACAGAUAAUCCUCUUCAUAUACCCUCAGAGUACUCAAACUUGGUGAAGAAGACCCGUAAGUCUAGGAGGAGUAAGCAUAAAUUUGAGGAGCCACCUGCUAAUAUUAAAAUCAGAAAAAAAAAAUGUCUGCUGAGAAACUGGAACUGCAGAAUAAACUGGAGGACCUGGCAGAAAUGGAUGAUUUUGGAUAUGACAAUGAGGAUGAAAUGGAAGCAUAUCUUAGGCCUACUGACCUGUCUGAACUGCUGAAAGAUGGAACAAAGGAGUCCCAUGAGCGUGCAGAGAAUACAGAAUUUGUAAAAGAUUUUCUAAAAGGACGUAUCAAAAAAGAUCUUUUCAAGCUGGCUACCGUAGCUUUAUACUUCACUUAUUCUGCAAUGGAAGAAGAACUGGAUCAUAAUAAAAAUCACAGUGCAAUUGUCCCACUUUAUUUUCCUGUGGAGCUCCACCGGACAGAGGCUCUAACCAAAGAUCUUGAAUAUUAUUUCGGAGACGAUUGGAAAGAUCAGAUAUCAUGUUCAGAAGCAACAAAAAAAUAUGUAGAAAGGAUUCAUUACAUUGGCAAAAAUUCACCAGAGUUGUUGGUUGCUCAUGCUUACACACGUUAUAUGGGUGAUCUCUCAGGAGGACAGCUGUUGAAGAAGAUUGCUCAGAGGGUACUACGUUUGCCUGCUUCUGGAGAGGGAGUAUUCUUCUAUAAAUUUGACAACAUUUCAAAUGCAGUGAAGUUUAAACAGUUAUACCGAGCAAGACUAAAUGCACUGGAUCUGGAUAAAGAGACGAAAAAAAAGAUUGUAGAAGAAGCCAACAAAGCUUUUGAGUUUAACAUGCAGGUAUUUCAUGAAUUACAGGAGAUUGGUGCUGCAAUGAAAGAUGAAGUACAGGAUGGUAAAAUUCCACUGCAUGAGGGGAAGGGUGAUAUUCGCAAGUGUCCCUACUUUGCUGCCAAACUUGGUAGCAGUGGAAAUUCUGGCUGUCCAUAUCAUGUUGUUCUUGCAUUGCUGAGACAACCAUCUGUGCAGUUGGUUCUUGCAGUGUGUGUAGCCUUAGCUGCAGGUGCUGCGGCAUGGUACAUGAUGUAGCCCCAUGAGGACCGGAGAGAUUGAAAGCAUAAUUCAGUUACUGUGAUUGGAAGAGACAUUUUAACAAACGCAUUUGAAUAUGAACUGCAGUCUCUUGCUUCUUCAUUUAUUUUGUGGUGAUCUAAGCAAAAAGUACUUGAUACUAUAUUGCUUUAAUGAUUGUACAAACUGGAACUGAUGCAUUAAUAUUAUUUUAAUACAUUAAUAUUAUUUUUAUUAGAGUAGUAUCUGAUUUUUACAUUACCUCUGUUAACUCAGGUGAGUGACUGGCACUUACUCUGUUUUGGUUUCCUUGAUUGGUAUUAUUACUUAGAAACGGUUUCAUAUAUGAACUUUUUAAUUACAAAAAUAACCUAUAAAAUGUAAUUUCGGCCAGAUUCAAAAGCAUUAGCUGACCUUUAAAGCGGCAAGAAAAGAAGGCUACUGUACUUUGUGGUUGUAAUGUUCUUGGUGGAAAAAAUGUGUAUUUUUUUUUAAUGAGUCUUGUUUUAGGUAAAUAUCAGUAAACAAAAUUGUUUCUUUAUAAA